AUGCGCCCUUCUGCGCGUCAUCGGCCCAUGUCUCCCGGUAACUCGCUUUUGAUUGAUCCCAUGCGGGCCUCAACGGGGACCGUCCAGCUCAAUUCCUCCUAUGAUCCCUAUGACUCUUCCGCUGGUCGUCUGGCAUACGCGGGCUAUCGCUCUGAUGUUCCCUACUUGAAACCCUCCGACCCGCGAUACACGCGUGAGACUAGACUAGAAGCCCAGCCUGUUUCCACUCAAACCUACCGAGAACAUGGCCAACCCGCCAAAUUAAGGACUGAAUAUGCUAUCCUAGCUAGACCGCGGAGUAGCACUACAUCCACCGCGGAUUCUCGCGCGAGGCUUGAUGUACCUGCAAGUUCUCCGAUAUCAAGGGGUUCGCCCGUGAUAAUGUCAGACUACGGUCGAUCACCUAGCCCUCUUACAGGGAAGGACGGAUACCUUGUACCUGCCUCGUCACAUAAGCACCAUCGGCGUCAUCGUCAUUCUUCCUCUGUCGAUUAUGCAAGCGAUACGGGGCGAGACGCCUCCCGCACAUACGAACAUAGUGGCCGCCGGCGAUAUCCCCAAACUGGGGGUCUCCGAAGAGGUGAAGAUAUUGAUGAUUAUGAUGCUUACUCCUAUACAAACCCACGCGAGCAAUUUGAAAAAGAAUCAAUUGCAAAGCUGCGGUACAAUCAGGGUGGCUACCCAAAAGAACGACGACCCCUCAGUUUAACCGGGAUCGAUGAUCCUAAUCUGAUGAUCAAAAAAGAGUCCCGGGCCUUAGGCCCUCCCCCAGCGCACAGAGGCUUCGAAAAGCUAGAUGGGGAUGAAAUGCGACGGUCGACCUUCGGUUCUGCCCAUAGCGAACUUGACCUUGCAGGCACUCGACAACGUCCGUCUCCGCGCUCAAUCACAUUGCAUCAGGAUCAUGACGAGGGAUAUUCUUCGUACCGAGAUGAUUAUGAGGACACCCGUCAUUUACGCCGAGAGCAUAAACGCCCCGACGGCGAUGCACGCGACCGACAGGGCCAGGAUGACCGUACAUCGAAAAGGCAGCUCAGUAAAGUCCCUGCAGCUCCCGGGCCCAGCAAUGGUCUAGGGACAGCAGUUUUAGCGAGCGGGUAUUCCGAUGAUCUUGACUUUGACCUUAGGUCUCGCGGCGAUCGGUAUCGGUCCCGGGAUCUGGUAGUCCGGGACCAAAGCAGAUCGAGAAGACAAUCAAGGCGACGGGUAGACAGUGAUUCGGAUGCCUAUUCAUCAGACGAUGACCUCAAGAAAUACCGACGGGAACCAUCAGUACAUCCAAAAACAACAAACUCUGAUAGUUCCCGCGAGAACGAUCGACCCCACAGGCACAGCUCUCGGUCUCGUCAUCAAGGCCAGGUUUCAAAGGAACUCAAGAGCAUAGACUACCAAAAAAGACCCGAGCAGGGGACGUCGAAGGAUGUCGACACUCAGCCGCCAAAGGGAAUCUUGAAGCCGCCGCGAGACAAAUUCCCGGAGGAACCUAAUCCUGUUCGAGAAGGAGUUGCGCCGUUGAAGGACGCACAUAAGAAAGGAAUUCCCCCAGGGGCACGCUGGACUAAAAUUGACCGGCGCCUCGUCAAUCCCGCCGCUCUGGAGGAAAGUCAAGAGCGAUUUGAGGAACGGCCAGAAUAUGUCAUAGUUCUGCGAGUGCUCACCAAGGAGGAAAUCCAAGCGUACGCAGUCAAGACACAGGAGAUUCGCGAUGCCCGAUAUCACGAGUACAUCCACGAGCGACGUCGACGCCGGGAAGAAGACCGGCGUCGUGGUCGACCCAUUGAUGACUUCUCGAGUGAUGACGAGGAUGAUGGAGACGACUCUCCUCUUGCAAUCGACACCUCAGCCGAAUCGAAGCCGGCCCCUCGAAGUUCUGCCGGUGCAGCCGAGCAGAUACGGUCAUAA